AAAAAAACAACUACACUGCUAUAAUCCAAGCAAAUAACCAGAAAUGAAAGCUUUUUUAUCUUCGGUUGCUUCUUAUUCCUUGUGGAGUUUAAUGACAUUGGCCUCUCUCUAUUUCGGCAUUCAUUGUCUGAUGAUGUACAGUGAUAGCUAUCAUAGAGCCAGCACAACAGAGAGUUUGGGAGAGGGAUUUUAUGAUAAGUGGUUUAAGGCCUAUCAUGAGAGUGGAUUGGUCAAGUAUGCAUUGUUUUUGGGACAUGUGGUUUGUGGAGGAGUGGUCUUUGUUUUGUCUCCUUUCCAAUUGUUGGGUGUGAUGAGAAAGAUGGUUGGUGGAAAAGUUCACAAAUUGUUAGGUCAGAUUACAUUUGUGAGUGCUGUUGUUUCGGUCAUCUCUUCAAUCUUGCUGGUUUUGACCUCCAAGAUGGGUAUUUUGUGUCAAUUGGCAACAUUUGUGUUUGCACCUUAUACCUUGGUGUGUAUUUACAAAUCAUUCGAAAGUGCUAGAAGAAAGGACUUUGCAGCUCAUAGAGAAUGGGCUUGUAGAAUGUGGGCUCUUUGUUUUGGAGUCUUCUACAUGAGAAUUUUGGUCACCAUUGCAAAGAAUGUCCUCUGUGCUCCAGAUGCUUGGUUAGUUACUGCCACAGCUCACAAACUCUUUGCUUUCGAAUUCAUUGCUGGUUGGGUGACUUCAUGUUUAUUUGUUGAAUGGUAUUUAAGAUUGACCCGUGCACCAACACCUUCCAAAUCACUUUAAGUUAACAUGCUCAAAUUUUCAAUCAAUUUUGUCUUAAAAAUAGUUUUUCUUAAUGUAAAUUUCAUGUUGAUAUUAUUUCAAUUCAAAUAAAUAUGAAAAAAAGAAU